CAGAAUUUAGACCUGAGUUCGUUGUGGGAAAAUUCGAUUCUAACGAGCGUCAGGCAGCGUUUCUUUGGAGCUUACACCUUCCAGACAGAAGUGUGAACGUUCUCUGAACUAAUAAAAGGGACAGAUGAACAGGCCAAAUGACACCUAAUAGAUCAGGUCUUUACGACCGCCAGUUCAGAGACGAGAAGGAGACUAGCUCUGGCCAGAAGUCCCUCACUUUCAGGCUCCCAGCCCUGACCUCUUCAGGGGGGUGGGGGGGCACAUCAUUAGGGCCCAUAUAAACUUUUGAAGUUGUGAGUCCAAGGAAAGGCCAGGUAUGUAAGGCAAUAAAACCGUGACUUUAAAUGGUAACAGGAAAAGUGAAAGAGGGCGUGACCCCUGACACAGAAAUAACUACUCCAGAGCAGAGAUGUCCUCUGUUUUCUCCCCUUGAAUGGAUACCUGUCAGCCAUAACUUCUUGGUUUCCCACUGUUAAACACAAUAAGAACGAGGACUAAAGGGUGUCUUUGAAGUUCUUUUUUUAAACCUCCAGUCAAUAAAUCCUCAGCGAUAUUGCUGUGCGGCCAAGUGAAACCACUAAUUAAUUGUGACAUUUCAAAUGAUAGGGAAGACAUUCUUCAAAGCUUUGUCAUCAGGGCAAAUAUCUUAACCAUCAGCUAUAAAUGAACGUGAGUCACGGGGAGAUCUGUUACACGCACAGGCCAGAGCAUAUUUAAGUACAACGUGUUUCCUGGAAAAGAGGUUGUUCUAAGGAGUUCUGCAGGAGUGAGUGUGUAUGCAAAUGUUUGGGAAGCAUCUAGAAGUGCAUACCGAGAAGACCCCGGUAUUUUCAGAGUUUAUAGCUCCCUCUCAUGUUCAUUGGGUGAGAGACAGCAAAAGGCAGACAGAGGGUGUUUCUCCGUUGCACCUCAGCCAGGGACAGCUGACUGGUUGGGACCUAAUUGCUCCUGAGUGAGGUCAGCACCAGGCAUUUAUCUGAGCAGUAACACAGGGACAGGGUAAGAUGCAGAAGAGUCAACCUGCCAGAAUCCCAGAGACAUCCGUGGAAAUUGAUAUCAGCUUACAGUUCUUGUUCAACUCUGCUGGAACUUACUGGACUUAGUUUACAACCAAGGCUGCAACUGUAGAACUCCAGGAGACUCAAACUCUCCUGAAUUCUCCUGCCAUCUACUGGAGCUCAUGUAAGUCACAUGGAAGCACACUGGUCGAGCUUUUUGUUAUUUUUUUGUGUGUAUAUUGUUCAUGUUCAUAUAUAGAACAGAGCUGUAAACCUGUAUUAGUCCAGGAUUUAGAUAAGGUUUUAGAUGUCAAAUUUUUAUUUAUUUAUUUUUUCAAAUUUCACUAACCGCUCUCCUCUUUCCAUUUUUUCUACAGGGACAUUUUUUCCUCUAAUUCCUGAACUGGAUUAUAACAGGUUUUUGGACGGCGUUCUCAAGAGGAUGGACAGUUACUGCGCAGCUUCGCUUAUUGAAGAGCGAUAUUACUUUACUACACUGUAACUUGUCUUCGUUGGAUAACUCUCAACAAGAGGCGACCCCAACCACGGUCACCAAGUCUCCCGCGCUGUGUCCUCCACAGACCAGACCAGUCCCGUGUCAGCAUCCCCUCAGGAAGCGUUGCGGUGCAGAAGGAAGACCCAGAGGUCAAAAGCCCACAGUUACAAAUUUGGGGGUCGUUGGGCUGAGGGACUGGGAGCAGAUCUCUAGCUGAACUUUUCAGUAUGUUGUUCAUUGCUCCCCACUGUAUUGCAUUAUAAUGCGCAAAUGGAUGCUGACAUUGAACCUUCAGAACGUGUUCUCGGGACUGUACUUGCAUGCCAUGUUCCUGUUUGGCAGUAUGUGUGUGGUCUACAGUGACUGCACUCCACAGCAACUUGCUGCCUUCAUGAACUGCUCCAGACAUGAGCGCCACACCAGGAACUAUGACUACAUGGAGGGGGGAGACGUACGGAUCCGGCAACUGUUCAGCAACACGCUGUGGUUCCUAACAAUCGACGACCAGGGCAGUAUCGGCGGCACGCAAGAUCCCGCUGACUGCAACAGUAUCCUGGAGAUCCGGACAGUGUCUGAGGGAGGGAUACUCGCCAUCAAGGGAGUCAAGAGUCAGCGGUAUAUUUCUAUGACCAAGGCAGGGGUUCUGCAAGGCAAGGAGAACUACAGUGAAAACUGCAACUUCAAAGAGGUGUUUCUAGAAAACUACUUCAACGCGUACUCCUCCGCUAAAUGGACUAAAAACGGCAAAGAAAUGUUCAUAGCCUUGUCUCCGAAGGGGAAACCCAUCCGAGGGAAGAAGACCCGGAGGGAGCAGAAAUCCUCUCACUUUAUCCCCAUGAAGUGCCAGGAGGAUGACAAGAGGGUGGACUGAAAAUGACAAGGGCC